UUGUAAUAUUGGUCUAUAUGUUACCCCAAAUGAUAACCAUGUACGUUGAGUUCUCUAUUUACCCAUAAACCAACAGUUCAAAGAUGGCAUCAGAAUUUGUGAACCAGGUUCAAGAGCUUCUUGAAAGAAUCCCUCCUGUGACUAGAUAUGGACUAAUUACAAUGUCAACAAUUACGGCGUUGUAUUUAGGGCAGCUUUUCUCGCCGCAAAAUUAUUUGUUGGACUUAGAUUCAGUUAUAAAAAAGCGUGAGCUAUUUAGACUAAUUACCAACUUCUUCUUUAUUGGAACAAAACUUGAGUUCAUUUUCAAUGCUCUUUCUUUUUACCAGAAUGGAUCGUUUCUUGAAAACCAUGUUUAUCAAGCAAAUACCAAGAACUACAUAUAUUAUUUACUGAAAGUGGCCCUCAUAAUAGAUGUUUUUAGUCUCGUUUCUGGAAUAGGUUCGGCUCUUUUCUCUUCUCUUUCUUGUGCGAUGGCUUAUACAUGGUCUUUGUACAAUGCCCAUCAGAAAGUCCGACUUUUUUUCGUAUUUGAACUCCCGGGAAAGUAUUUGCCUUACAGUAUGAUUGUCAUGAGCUUUCUAAUGGGAGGCCCAUAUUCUUUGAUCGAAAGCAUAUUUGGGUUAAUCGCUGGCUUCCUUGUUUCUAAGCUCGAAUCUCUUCAACCAAACUCUGGGUUUUCUACCUUUGCACCCAGUAAUCCUAAUCGAAAUACUACACCCAAAAAGUCUUUCAAUGCUUUUAAGGGCCGCGGUCAAAGACUCGGAAGUUGAAAAGAGUUUAAAAGGGGUUACAUGCCUGUGUGUAGGAUACAAUGAAAACGACCGACGUGAUGUAGAUGAGUAUCAUCUUAUUAAUUAAUUAAAUAUUUAAUACUAUAGAACAUUUCUUAUAUUGGCUUUUGCAAGAUUUCUAAUUCACUAUAGAGCUAUUUAUAUUUAUAGUUAGUCAAUGCAAGAAACGCUUGAAGUUAGUGAACAAUAAUAUUUUUUUUAGAUUUAAAAUUUUUUUGUU